GGAGAGCUGCUUAUGAUGUUGAAAAUCUUAUUUUCCAAUUUCUCAAAUCUCAAGGACAAGUUCUUCAGUUCGUAGCAAAACAAAAAUCAGAGCUUAUCUCUGAUCAAUAUAUAUUAUAGGCAACGAAUCUGAAACUAAUAAUAGCAACUCAGACAUACUACUCUCUUAACAUAAAUCUUGUUCUUGGUGGUGGUUUCAAAUUCAAAUCCAUGGAUAAUGAGUCAGAGAGACUUAACAAGUCAGCACCAGAAACGGAGGAGGAAGAAGAGUUCAAGUCAACCUUGCGUUCAGCUCCAUCAUUUGAGAUAUACAACACCUCCCAUGGAGAGUUUGGAGAAGAUGAAACCUACCCUGGAGUGGUUUUGUUGAAGAGAAGGGAGAGCCAUGGCAGUGCUGAAUUCACCUUUGGUGGUGGUGGCAGAAAGAGGAUGGAAUUGAUUGAAGAAGAUGCAGAGAAUGAGAGAAUUGGUGAAAAAGAGAAAGAAGAUGAUGAUGACGAUGAUGUUGUUGAUCUUGAACCACCAAGCCCACCCAUGUAUCUUGCAGCAGGGCUUGGUGUUGAUGCAACUGGCUUUGAUGCUAAUGCUGUGGUUGGGUUUGAAAACUCUCUCACUCAUGAUGAUGUGCUUGUUCCGAAUUUGCAGGAGUCUGAGGAUCUUGAAGGCUAUUACAAGAGGAUGGUUGAUGAGUAUCCUUACCACCCUUUGAUUCUCAAGAAGCAUGCCCAGAUUCUGAAAUCUAAGGGAAAUCUUGAAGAGGCUGCUGAGUACUUUUAUCGCGCGACACUAGCAGAACCUAAUGAUGGUGAAGCCCUAAUGGAAUAUGCAAAGCUUUUAUGGGAACAUCAUCAUGACAAGGAUAGGGCAGUGGUCUAUUUUGAACGUGCAGUUCAAGCUGCUCCUAAAGACAGUCAUGUCCUUGCAGCAUAUACUAGUUUUCUCUGGGAGACAGAUGACGAUGACAAUGAUGUUGGAAAUGAUCAAACUCAGAGUGAUAAGGAAAAACUAAAGACUGAGCCUGUCAAGCCUUCCAAUGAAGGAAGUUACCAAGUUCGUCCAUUCGUGCAUAUUUCAACAGGACAAGAGAUUGAUAUAGCAGAUAUUAACACAGUUGAUUGGAGCGGGGAUAGUGAUGUGGCAGAUUAUUUAAGAACGUUGGUUGAGGAGAAUCCUAAUAAUCUAUUGGUUCUGAAAAAGUAUGCUCAGUUUCUAUUUCAGUCCAAAGAUCCAGAAGCAGCCGAGGAUUUCUACUCGCGUGCAGUCUUAGCCGAUCCCAGUGAUGGUGAAAUGAUAUCGGAAUAUGCUAGGCUUGUGUGGGAACUUCAUCAUGAUCAGGAAAAGGCUUCAUCUUUGUUUGAGCAAGCAGUUCAAGCUACACCUGGGAAUAGCAAUGUUCUUGCAGCAUAUACUUGCUUUUUGUGGGAACUAGAAGAUGGAGAAAGCUGAUGUAGUUCAAGGUAGUGGUGAUAUUCCAGAGAUCCUUUUGACAGAAAAUCCCAUACCUGUUGACAAAUAUUCAAGAGAAGGUGCUAACCAUGCUUGAGAAGGUGCAAGUGAAUCUUAUACAUAAUCAUUGGAGACGAGAGGAAAUCAUUAACAGAAAAUAAAAAUAAUAAAAAUAAAAUUCAAGGAAGUAGACAUAUAUAUUCUUCUUGUUUUCUUCCUGAAGUUUUAGAAUUUCUAUAACAAACUAAUUUGCAGCGAGACAAAAAGUAGCUUACUAAAUGAAUCAUGAUUAUGCUAAGAGCUUAUCUCUUUGAUGCAGUGUUUCGGACCCUGCCCUGGUUAGUUGAUGCACCUUAUUUACUUCAAGCUAUUAGAACUGAUCAUGGCUUCACAUGACUGAUGAGUGCAAGAAUAAAUGAAAUAAAGCCGAAGACUUAACAAAUUCACACGCAAAUUAUUCUCCUUUGUAAUUUGGUUGUCUGUUUAUUUUGGUGAACGGAUACAAAAUUAACAAUUACCCUUUUAUUAGCAGAAUGGCAGCCAUGGUUGCACU